GUUCCGCUCGGGCUUCCGUGGCCCAUGGCUUCCACUCCGGCUUCCGGUUGGGAAGUCUGCAGAAAUGGCUAUGGGUCCCGUGGGCUUGGGGCUAGUGGACUGUCACUGCCAUCUCUCCGCCCCGGACUUUAACAGCGAUCUGGAUGCUGUGUUGGAGAAAGCCAAAAAGGCUAAUGUUAUGGCCCUUGUAGCAGUUGCUGAACAUGCAGGAGAAUUUGAAAGGAUUAUGCAACUUUCAGAAAGGUAUACUGGAUUCAUCCUGCCAUGUCUGGGAGUUCACCCAGUUCAAGAACUUUCACCAGAAAAACCAAGAAGUGUGACAUUAAAGGAUUUGGAUGUAGCUUUGCCUAUUAUUGAGAAUUACAAGGAUCGGUUGUUGGCAAUUGGAGAGGUGGGACUAGACUUCUCCCCCAGAUUUGCAGGCACUGAUGAAGAGAAGGAAGAACAAAGACAGGUCCUGAUCAGACAGGUCCAAUUGGCCAAAAGACUAAAUGUGCCUUUAAAUGUGCACUCCCGCUCAGCAGGAAGACCCACCAUCAACCUCUUACGUGAACAAGGUGCUGAACAGGUCCUGCUGCAUGCAUUCGAUGGUCGGCCAUCGGUGGCCAUGGAAGGAGUAAGGGCGGGUUACUACUUCUCAAUUCCACCGUCCAUCGUGAGAAGUGGACAGUUAAUGCUGUUCCGUUCCCACCUGUUUAAAGCGAACUCUCUUCUCUCUAAGAAGCAGAAGCUUGUGAAACAGCUGCCUCUAAGCUCUAUCUGCUUAGAAACAGAUUCGCCUGCACUGGGACCGGAAAAACUGACACGGAAUGAACCCUGCAACAUUUCCAUUUCAGCAGAAUUCAUUGCCCAAGUGAAAGGGAUCUCAGUGGAAGAGGUCCAAGAAGUGACGACACAGAACGCAUUAAAACUGUUUCCCAGGCUUCGGUACCUGCUCCAGAAAUAGCUUCAAACCACCCACUGCCCGGCCAAGUCAGCUCAGGGCCGCACUGGAGAAAGCAAGCGUUGGCUUUAGUGGUCUGACAUGAAGAAGCCGGUGUAUAUGGAUAGCAGUCAUAGUUUUACAGAAAUGUUUCUCUUUAAAACAAAUUCUGGGCUGGAGAGACGGCCCAGCCACUAAGAGCACUCAUUUGCUGCUCUUCCAGAGGACUCAGCAGUUCCCAGCACGCACGGUGGGUGGGUUGCAACUGCCUGCAACUCCAUGCAACUCCAGAAGAUGCAGCC